AUGUAUGACCGAUAUGUCGAAUUGCACAAGUUCGAAAAUAAUGCGGGCCCAGGCGACCACCGCCGCACCGCCUUACAGAUUGUGGAAGACCAAGGUAUUGUCGGAAAAUGGAGCGACAAGGUUGUCCUCAUCACAGGUUGCACGAGCGGCAUUGGCAUCGAGACUGCUCGCGCAAUGAAAGCCACAGGCGCGAGAGUCUACAUGACGGGACGCAAUCUCGACAAAGGCAAAGAAGCAUUGCAGGAUAUCCUGGAGCCUGGCCGGGCUGAACUGCUUGAACUCAGGUUAGACUCACUUGCAAGUGUCCGCGCAUGCGCUGCGUCUUUUCAGAGCAAGGAGAAUAAGCUUAACAUCCUCAUCAACAACGCCGGUGUUAUGGCUAUACCUGAACGUACGGAAACUGAAGACGGCUUCGAGACCCAGAUCGGCACCAACCACAUCGGCCAUUUCCUGCUGUUUCAACUUCUCAAGCCGCAGCUUCUGGCCGCUUCGACACUCGAGUUCAACUCGCGCGUCGUCAAUCUCACCUCUGUUGGCCACCGCUACAGUCCAGCGGUCCUGGAUGAUCUAAACCUCGCCAAGCCUGGCGUGUACCACCAAUGGGGCGCUUACGGCCACUCCAAGAGUGCGCUUAUCUGGAUGGCCAACGAAAUCGAGCACCGGUAUGGCAACGACACCGCAAAGGCGAGUGGCAAGGCCAUUCACGGCUGGUCUGUCAACCCAGGUGGCAUUCGAUCCGGCCUCCAGGUCCACGUUCCCGAGUUCGCAGCUAUGUGGGAAAUGCCCGAGGUCAAGAAGGUGGAGAAGUCACCCGAGCAGGGGGCCGCCACUACCGUCUGGGCUGCGGUAGAGAAGGAUCUGGAGGGUACAGGGGCUAUGUAUCUCGAGGACUGUAUGGUCGGCGGGCCAGCAAAGGAGGGCGCGGAGCUCGCUGACCCUGGAUAUGCUUCAUGGGCGUUUGAUGCCGAAUCUGCAAAGAAGUUGUGGGAAGAAAGCUGCAAGCUGACUGGAGUCUCGGAUGAUUGA